AUGAACAUGGAUUAUAGGUUUGCAAUGGACCAGAAGGAUAUGGUUAGGUUAUUGGUUGCCAGUGUUGAUAAUUUCACCCAAGAGCGGUUGAUUAAUAAAGAACAGAGAACCCAACACAAAGAACAGUGUGCAGAGAGAUUGGCAGCUGAAGAUGUAAGCUGUGACAAAGACACAGAGGUUCGGUAUUCGGAUCAAGCAGUAUUAGCAAAUUUGGACUGGGGAAUUGAAGCCCUUGAAGAAGCUAUCAACACUUCAAAUAUGGAAACUAGGCUUGCAAGAUUGGAGUAUGCUGAGAAGAUGUUGCAAGUGUGUGCCUUAUUGAACUCUAAUCAGAAAACUGCUGGUGUUCCUAAUUUCUACCUCUCUGCUUGGGCUCAUCUCAACCUUGCAUACAUGUGGAAAUUGCGGAACAAUGUUCAUAAUGCAGCUCUUCAUAUGCUUGAGAUGUUCAUCAUAGACCCUUUCUUCUCGCGGAUUGAUUUUGCUCCUGAAAUUUGGAAAGUCCUGUUUCUUUCACACAUGAGCUCCAUUGUUGGAUGGUAUUCAGAGGAAAGGCAUAGGCUAAUGAUGGAAGUAAUUCCUGACUGCGCGGAUAUGUCCUAUACAGCUGAUUUGGAUCGAUACUUCAAUGAGUCUUUGAUGUUUUCCAUGGGGCCAGAAAAAUUGGAAAAAUUGCAGAAGCUAGAUCAGCUUUAUGGAGAAUCAUUGGAUGAGAAUACGCGGCUUUUUGCUAAAUACUAUAAGGAUUGCAUGAACUCUGAUUCAAACUCGAGCAAGAAGGUGGUUCCAAUGUUGCCCAUUGCGGAGCCACCAAUGACCCCUUUGCAUGAAGUCAGCCACUCAAUUCCAGAUUAUGUAAAAUUUGGUCCUAUCUUGCCUAAGAGUGCUGGGUUUUCCCCAAUUAUUAAAUCUAAGUUUGGUGAAAGAGAAACAAGAGAAGCAAGCAGCAGAUUAAAUCUAGGUUCUACUGCGUCCCAGAAUCUGAAGGAGUCCACUAGAUGGGAUCCUCAGGAGGGGUUGCUUGAUGAGAAUGAAGAUCAAGAUGAAGAUGACUCUGAAUAUGAGCCUGAUGAUGGUUAUGUGGAUUCUCAUUCUGAUGAUAUACCUAGCAAAAGGGCAUCUCCUAGUGAUGAAGUGGCUGAGGAAAAGGAAACUGGGCCUAAAGCACAGACAUCUAAAAUGAAGAACCAAAUACAUUCUGCUACAUUCUUUUCUCCUAUGGAUUUCCCUACAUCUCCUUCUCCAACUAUUUUAUCUCCAAAACCAGAUGUGCAAUUUAAAAAAGAAAACCCUGUUGUGUUACGCUUAUUAUCCUGCCAUAUCCCAGAUUCAUCUGUUUCCAGCUCGUUGCCUUCAUCUCCACCUGUGAGGAAUGAUCACAGCUUCAACUCAGCAGACUCUGAUGGUGAAGUCAUGGGAAAGCUGAAAUUUUGAAGAAAAAUCAAUAGCAGAACACGGAGUUUUGACAGUGAGAAUAGCCAAGUAUUAGAAUCAACAUCUCUCCUACAAGGUCAUGAGGGAAGCCAGAGCUACAUCUCUCUCCCAAUAUCUGAGAAGCUGACUACUCGAACAAGACCACCUCAGGAUUUUGUUUGCCCCAUCACAAGCCAGAUAUUUUUUGACCCUGUUACCCUUGAAACAGGCCAGACAUAUGAAAGAAAAGCAAUCCAAGAAUGGCUUGAAAGAGGAAAUGUAACAUGCCCCAUUACACGGCAACCUCUCUCUGCCAGUAUACUGCCCAAAACAAACUAUGUUUUGAAGAGACUAAUAUCAUCUUGGAAAGAACAGUAUCCUGAUCUUGCUCAAGAAUUUUCAUACUCCGAAACACCGAGAGAUUCAUUUAGAUCCUCCACAAAAGAAAUCCGCUUGGCCUCCACUCUAUACAAAACAAGUGAUAUAUCCUGUGAUAAGAGCAUAGAUGACUAUCUUAACUAUAGGAAGAAAAGAUUUAUGCGUGCAGCAGUAUCUACAUCACCAACCAGUGUAAUAUCCCAAGCAGCAGUAGAAGCAAUUAUCAAUAAUUUAAAACCCUAUGGUUCUUGUCUCUCUACUUCAGACAGUUUACAAGAAUGUGAAGCAGCUGUGUUGGCAAUAGCCAGAUUAUGGAAGGAAUCAAAGGCUGAUCCUGGGGUUCAGUCUUUUUUAUCCAAUCCAACAAUUGUAAACGGGUUUGUGGAAAUAAUGUCAGCUUCUCUGAGCAGAGAAGUUCUCAGAACAUCAAUUUACAUACUCUCAGAGCUAGUAUUUGCAGAUGAAGGUGUUGGGAAUACUCUAACAAGUGUAGAUUCUGAUUUUGAUUGCCUAGCUGCUCUGCUAAAGAAUGGGCUAUCUGAGGCUGCUGUUCUUAUAUACCAGCUGACCCCAGCAUUUGCUCAGCUUUCAGCUCAUGACCUUGUAUCCUCCCUUGUCCUGACAGUUCUGAACAAAUCUGAAGAUUUAGAUGAUAUUCAGUUUGUAAUGGAGCCCAAGGAUGCUGCCAUAGCAUUGCUUGAGCAGAUUCUAAUGGGAGGGGAUGAAUGCAGCAGGUCCCUCAGUGCCUUGAGUGUUAUUUCUGCAAAUGGAAUUCCAGCCUUGGUCAAGUGUUUGGAUAGAUUGGAAGGAAGGAGAUCCAUUGUUUCCAUACUUUUAUGUUGCAUGCAAGCUGAAAAAGGUUGCCGGUGCUUGAUAGCAAAUAGAAUUGAAUUGUCACCUGUUCUAGAAUUAUUUCAUGCUGGAAAUGAAAGUGUAAGAGGGUGUGUAGAUUUUCUCUCAGAGCUCGUUCAGUUACACAGGAGGACAUUCCGCAACCAGAUAUUGCAGAUAAUUAAAGAUGAAGGAGCAUUUAGUACCAUGCACACCUUUCUUGUGUAUCUUCAAAUGGCUCCUGCAAAGCAGCAACCGGCCAUUGCUGCUCUUCUUCUUCAGCUUGAUCUCUUGGUUGAGCCACGGGAGAUGAGCGUGUAUAGGGAAGAAGCUAUAGAUAUAUUAAUUGAAGCCCUCCGGAGAAAGGAAUUUUCUGAUUCUCAAAUGAUGGCUCUAGAUGCUUUAAUAUCUCUAUCUGGGCGUCUAACUUCCUCAGGGAAGUCCUAUACCAAAGCCUGGUUACUCAAGAUUGCAGGGUUUGAUCAACCUUACCAUGCCUUGAUGAAGGCAGAACAGCUGAGAAAAGAUGACAAUGAUUUGAUGGAAAUAAUGGAAGAGGAAGAGGAAGCUGCAAGCUCUUGAAGCUCUUGGGAGAGAAGGGUAGCUUUUGUACUUUGCAACCAUGAGAAUGGCUCAAUAUUCAAAGCCUUGGAGGAAUGUCUCAAGAGUGAUUCCUUAGAAAUGGCAAGGUCAUGCCUUGACCUUGCUACAUGGCUCACGUACAUGCUUUCUACUCUUCCUCAUACUGGUGUAAGAGAUGCUGCUCGCAAGUCCUUGCUUGAUGAAUUUAUAAAUGUCCUCCAAUCAUCCAAGAACCUAGAGGAAAAGAUUUUAGUGACCCUUGCUAUGAAAACUUUUGUCAGUGAUCCAUGUAAGUACAAUGCAUCAGAGGUAAUGCUUACACAGAACGUUUUCAUGCCUCUUCAAAUAAAAAUGAACUCAAACUCUCUAAAUUUAGCUGCACUUGAAGCACUGGGGGUUUAUGCUAAAUGCAUCUACAGAACUUUUAGAAAGCUUAAGAGGAAUUCAUUGGUCGUCAGAGAUAUAAUGCAAACCUUGAUGAAUUUACCAUCUGUAGAUGCAACAGAGUUAUGGAGUUGUUCUGAAAUGGUUGAGUUAGAUUCAAGCGCAAAUGGUGAGGUUCUGUCUUUGCCUCAUCUAAAUGAUCGACUUUUAAGCAGCCAUUCUGAUGGAACCAUAAAGGUGUGGGAUGUUGGAAAAAGGUUACCAAGGUUGGUUCAAGAAGUUCGUGAACAUACAAAGGCUAUCACAUGCCUCUAUGUACCAUCUUCAGGUGACAAACUAUAUAGUGGUUCCUUUGACAAAACAAUUCGGGUCUGGUCAUGUAAACCUGAGGAAAUUCACUGUAUUCAAGUUCAUGAUGUGAAAGAGGCAGUAUACGACUUGACAGCCAAUUCUAAAGUGGCAUGCUAUAUUUCUCAUGGAACUGGGGUCAAGGUGUAUAACUGGUCUGGGACUCCAAAGCAUAUAAAUUUCAACAAAUAUGUGAAAUGCCUUGCCAUGACUGGGGACAAACUAUAUUGCGGUUGUUCUAGUUACGGUAUCCAGGAGGUUGAUUUGUGCAAUUACACAACAAACACAUUCUACUCUGGUACAAGAAAAUUGUUAGGAAAACAAGUCAUACAUUCCUUGCAUGUUCAUAAAGACCUCCUCUUUGCUGGUGGGUCUUCAGUUGAUGCUAUAGCUGGAACGGUGUUUUCGCUUUCCACCAAGGCAGUAAUUGGAUCAUUCCCUACAGGAUUUGAUAUUCAACGCAUAGCCGUCACCAGUGACUUCAUUUAUACAGCCACAAAAUGUGGGUUCAUUGAGGUUUGGGUGAAAGAAAAAGUUAGAAAAGUUGCUUCUAUCAAAAUGGCUGGUGGUGGACAUGCAAAAAUUACAUCAUUAACAUCAGAUAUAAAUGAAUUAAUGCUUUUUGCUGCUUCCUCUGAUGGCAGAAUCCAGGUUAGUACACAAAACCAUAAAUUAACAAAAUAAGACUCAGAUUUUUGUGGUCAUCACUCAUUUCUGCUUUCAAUUGUGGUUGCAGGUUUGGCCUCUAGACUAGGCUUGUGGUAAAAAUGAGCGUAGACUAUGUUCCUCUUGUAAAUUAAAUGUUCGUAACUUCUCUUUCUUUUUCCACACCUAGUAUGUUUAAGAAUUCAUUUAUGUCGAAUUCAAGAUUGUUGAAAAGAGAGAGAGGAACACUGUUAAUGCAACCUAUGUACACUACAUUUUCUGUACAAUUUGCUAUACAGGAAUGCCCAUAUAGACAUAAAGUUGAUCUAGGAAGAUCCUUGAUUGGGCUAAAAUAAAAGACAAUAAUGGGUCCUUGAUUUUAGUCUCAAUUAAGGAUAUUAUCCUAAAUAUAGCAAAUACAUGACAAAUACUAUACAUGUGAUAUACUAACAAGUAACAUCUCUGCUCAAAGUCAAGGUGGUGCAGAGGAAGCCAUCUUAAGUUUGGAGAUAAAGCCAAGAGUCUUGUAACUCAAUAGAGACAUUCUACUUCUAGCCCUUUCAAUGGAGACACUUAAGACUCAAAUCCCACAUCCCAUUAUUUCUAUCAAAUUUUCAAUAAAUAAAAAAAAUUGGAGCAAGUAUCUAUUAAACACCAAUUGUUUUUAAAGAAGAUAAUAUAAAGAUACGACACACAGAUUUGGUCAAGAGGUGGAAAACCAAAUGAUAACCUCUCUAAGGAAAAGACUACAAUUGGAUGGGGACACAACAGUCUAAGAAAAUCCUCUAAAUAAGGAACAAUUACAAUAGUCAAUAACUCACAAAACUUUUGUAGCUUACAGUUCCUACUUCCUAUGCAAUCUCUGCAAACGCUCCUUUGGAAUUCUUAUGUAGUAAUUUCUUCCAAGAACUCUUUGUUUGCCACAAAGCCAGAACAUCUGGCACUUGGUCAUUGGAACAUUUCUAAUAAGAUGGAGUGAGUGCCUAAAACCUUUUCAUCAUGUCACUUUGCCUCCAAGCUAAUAUCGAGUGAUGUAAAUCAAUAAUAAUUAUCUUAGAAUGUAAUUAGGAUAAAAAUACUUUAUUUUUUAAUUUUUUUAGAUUGUGACUAGGAGAUGAAGCAUUGUAUUGUAUCUAUCUUAUGUGUUGAAACGAUGUAUAUUCAUUCAUUUUUAUGAUCUUGAUUCUUUUCCUGAAACUGAUUUUGGUUCUUCUUUGCUUGAUUUAGAUUUAAAGAUCUCACAUAAUAGCUAAUAUCUGUUAAUGUCUACUUAGAAUUAUGGUCAUUGUUGUUCUUAAUUCGAAUGGGUUAAACUAAAAACUAAAUGGGAAUAAUCUUGGCUCUCUGCUACCACUAUGGGAUUUACUUUACAAACUUGAUUUUUGAACUUGAGAGCUCCCUUGUUCCAAUUAGCCGACUUCUUUAUAAACAAGUAAAGAGGCACUCAGAAUGAAAAGGACUUUAUGCUUGAUUAUUGAGAAUUUCAUAGAUUUUCAAUCUCACACUUUCAAAAUAUUCCUCACAGUGCCUCAUUAUUUAUAUAUAACACAGAUUUAAAUCAAAAACAAAAAAAAAAAAAAACACAAACCUAAAAACAAAAAAAAAAAAAAGAGUGACGAAGGUUGAGAUUUUCGAAAUCUGAUGAGAGAGGCAAGCAAUUCAGAAUGAGUAGGAGGAUAUAUAUCCUGUCAUGAAUUUAAUCGGACAAUGAUCAAUUCAUCAUCAUUGUGCCCCACUCAUAAUUAUGAAUAAAAUCGAGAAUAAAAAACAAACGAUUAUAUAAAGAAUAAAGUAACAAGGGAAGAAAACACAGAGAAAGAAACCAUCAGAAGUAUUGGAUUAUUGCAUCAACUCCGACACUUUAAAAAGUGUCUCAGACGACCGUCGUGAGAAUUUUAAAUCCAAAUUCAUCACUUGAUUUCACUAAUUCAUACAAAACACACUAAAAGAUAAAGAGAUAGUAAGAGAAAGAAAACUACG